AUGACGGACGUGAAUAGUAACAAAGUGACCGGCGAGUCUUCGAGGAAGUCGUUCGAGCACGCGAAGAAGGAGCUACGCUCGAUAGUGACGAGGAUCGAGGAAACAGCCCUUUCCAGCAGGUCUGUGAAAUUGUUUCGCGCUCAAUGCCUUCUUAGACCCGGUGGUUCGAAGCUCCGCAGGAAACACCUGUGGAUCCUGCUGAUUUUCGCGUGGAUUCUCAGCCAAUUCCUUUGGAAUUACAUGCACACCGUUCGCUACGACAAGUGCCUGGCUGAGCUGCCGUCGUUCGCGCAGAAAAUAUUCCGGCCAGCCGAGGAUUGUUCGAUGUGCCGGGACGUUCAACAGGUUGACAGGAUAUCCAGCGUGGAUCCUGCCAUUUUCGAGGAACGAUACGCGUACUCUGGAAGACCAGUGGUGAUCACCGAUGCGAUGUCCAACUGGACAGCGACGGAAAUAUUCUCGUUCUCCUUCUUCAAAUUGUUGUACGACGGAGAGGAUGCGAAUUGCCAGUUUUUCCCCUACAAAACGGAGUUCAAACGCCUCCAGGACGUGUUCGAUAUGAGUGACAGUCGAUCGUUGUUGGAGAAAGGGACGAAACCGUGGUACGUCGGCUGGAGUAAUUGCGACGAGGAAAUCGGCAGCGUGCUCAGAAAACACUAUCAAAGGCCGUACUUUCUGCCUGUCACCGCAGAGUCCGAGAAGACCGAUUGGAUUUUUAUGGGUAGUCACGGAUAUGGUGCCCCUAUGCACGUGGACGACGUGGAACACGCAUCGUGGCAGGCUCAGAUCAAAGGUGAGAAACUGUGGACCCUGGAGCCACCCAGAGAGUGCCAUUACACUUGCAACGCAUUGGAAGUUGUGGUACAUCCCGGCGAGAUAAUUGUCUUGGAUACCAAUCGCUGGUACCACCAAACGACAAUCGUCUCUGAGGAGAUGAGCAUCACGAUCGGAGCAGAAUACGACUAGAGAGGGAGAGAGAGAAAGAGAGA